AUGCUUCUGUGGCUCCUGCUGCUGAUCCUGGCUCCUGGAAGAGAUCAAUCAGGAGUAACGCCAAAAGCUUUUCUUCUCCUCAAUCCUCCAUGGUCCACAAACUACGAAGACGACAGUGUGACUCUCACAUGCAGGGAUUCCCUUUCUCCAGCCCAAGGAGAUGUAACUUGGUAUCAUGAUGAGCAUUUGUUGAACAAAAAAUCUGAAAAGAUCCAGAUAGACAAGCCUGGAUAUUACCAAUGCAAGACUCAAAGAUCUUCUCCCAGUGACCCCGUUCGUGUGGAUUUUUUACCUGACAACCUGAUCCUCCAGGCUCCACACCUUGUCUUUGAAGGAGAUACUGUAGUUCUGAGAUGCCAGGGGAAAGAAAAAGCAAGUGAAACAAUUUUCUACAAAAAUGACAAAAGAAUUACUGGGAGUUAUAAAUCAAACCUCACACUAUAUUCAGUCUCCAAGGACGAAGGCAAAUAUCAUUGUACCGCUUCUAGAAAAACUGGUUGGGGAAUUACAAAGACAGAAACUUCAAAACAUCUAGUGAUUCCAGUUCAAGAGCUGUUUUCCCUUCCUGUGCUGACAGCCAGCCCCUCCCAGCCCAUAGAGGGGAGCCCGGUGAUCCUGAAAUGUGAGACGCGGCUCCCUCCACAGAGGUCAUACAUUGAGCUUCAAUUCUGCUUCUUCAGAGAUGACAAGGCCUUGGGGUCAGGCUGGAGCAGAUCCCCAGAGCUCAAGUUACCCGCUGUGUGGAGUGAAGACUCAGGGUCUUACUGGUGCCAGGCAGAAACAGUGACUUACCAUGUCAGAAAAAGAAGCUUGAGAUCCCAGAUACAUGUGCAGAGAGUGCCUGUGUCUGAUGUAAAUCUAGAGAUCCAGCCCCCUGAAGGGCAGCUGAUUGAAGGAGGAAAUCUGCUCCUUAUCUGCUCAGUAGCCAAGGGUACUGGGCCUGUCACAUUCUCCUGGUACAAAGAGGGCACAGUAAGAAGCCUGGGAACGAAGACCCAGCGUUCCUUGUCGGCAGAGCUGCAGAUACUCCGUGUGAAGGAGCGCGAUGCUGGGAGAUACUACUGUGCAGCCGACAACAUUCAUGGCCCCAUCCUCAGCAGACUGAUUAGAGUCACAGUGAGAAUUCCAGCGUCUCGCCCUGUCCUCACCCUCAGGGCUCCCAGGACCCAGGCUGUGGUGGGGGACGUGGUGAAGCUUUACUGUGAGACCCAGAGAGGCUCUCCCCCGAUCCUGUACCGAUUUUAUCAUGAGAAUGUCAACCUGGGGAGCAGCUCUGUUCCCUCCAGAAGAGCAUUCUUCAAACUCUCUCUGACUGCAGAACAUUCUGGAAACUACUCCUGCGACGCUGACAAUGGCCUGGGUGUCCAGCGUAGUGACAGAGUGACUCUCCAUGUCACAAUUCCAGUGUCUCAGCCUGUCUUCACCAUCAACCCUGCUGGGGCCCAGGCUAUGCUGGGAGAUGUGUUAGAGCUUCGCUGUGAGGCCCAAAGCGGCUCUCCCCCGAUCCGGUACUGGUUUUAUUACAAGAACGUCACCCUGGGAAACAGCUCGGCCCCCUUUGGAGGAGGAGCAUCCUUCAACCUCACUCUGCUGGCAGAGCAUUCUGGGAACUUCUCUUGUGGGGCUGACAAUGGCCUGGGGGUCCAACGCAGUGAGAUGGUGAUACUCAACCUUGCAGGGCCUUCCAGUAACAAAAUAACCCUUAUCACUGAGGUGGUCAUCGGAGGUCUGCUAAGCCUCCUUGGCUUUGCUGGUACUGCUGGUCUGGUGGGUUACUUCAGGAGCCAAAGGAAUUCAGGAGAACUUCCCACCACUCAGACACCUAGUUAUAGUCCCAGGGAGUUUAACAAGCCUUCCAUGAUCUCCAACACAGACCCCGAAGAGCCCACUUACUCUGAGCCACCAGAUGAAAUGGAACUGCAGCCAGUGUACAGCAAUGUGGAUCCUGGAGAUAGCAACCUGGUUUAUUCCCAGAUCCUGAGCAUCCCACAUACAAAAGAAAAUUCAGCAAAUUCACCAAGGAGUCAUUGGGAGGAUAAGGAGCCCAUAGUCAUCUAUUCAGAGUUGAAGAAAGCACAUCCAGAUGACUCCACAGGGCUGGCCAUCGAUCAAGACACUGACUUUGAAGAUGCUGCAGAAAACUAUGAGAAUGUCCCAUGCACAUCGUCAGCCUUAGACCACUAG